AUGACACAGAGCUAUGAUUACGAUGAAGGGUCUGAGACCUGGCCGUUUUUCGUUUUGGCAGUUUUAUGCGUAGUUUUAGUGCCAUUGACAGCGAUGCAGCUGUGGGAAUUGGUUUCAGGUGGGCAAAAAGACCAAGAUCUUAAAGAUCAGCUGAAUGUUCUUGGAAAGAUGUCAGAACAGUACGCUAGCAGUGAAAUACUCGAAUUUAGAGCCAAAAACUUGGCCAAAAAGUCCAAAUGGUUGGCUAAACGUAACCUAUUCAUCAUUGCUGGCUGGACAGUGGUGGCCUAUUUGGUGCAAUACAUCGGCUCAAACGAUGCGAUCCAAGAUGCUGCUACUCUUUUGUUCGACCCUUACACCCUUCUAGACAUCUCAACGUCUUCGACUGAUCGCGAAAUCCGGUCCGCGUAUCGUAAACUAUCGGUCAAGUUCCAUCCAGACAAAUUGACUAAGGAUCUUAGCCCAGAACAGCGCUCCGUGGCAGAAGAGCAAUUUGUUUUGAUCACAAAGGCUUACAAGGCUCUCACUGACGAAGUUACCCGUGAGAACUUUUUGAAAUAUGGACAUCCAGAUGGCCCACAAGCCACAUCACACGGAAUUGCAUUACCAAAGUUUUUGGUCGAUAGCUCGGCUUCCACUCUGAUGGUUCUUGGAUACAUUGCGUUGCUAGGAGUAAUUCUACCAUACUUUGUGAGCAGAUGGUGGUCCAAGACCCAGUCCAUGACAAAGAAAGGCAUUCACGUCAAAUCUGCAUCUUACUUCUCCGACAGACUUUUCAAUUUCAAGCCCUCGCAGGUGGUUACUUUGGACCUUAUAGUAAAUUGGUUAUCGCACGCAGAGGAGUUCAAGUUGAUGUUCCCUGAGCUCGGCCAAGAAACCUUCGAAACUUUGCUACACGAUCAAGUCAACCGUAAACACAGUGGAACUCUCGAAACGGCGAAACUAGGACUUGUUGCAAAAAGCCAUGUCCUGCUCUUCGGGCUGUUAGACAUUGCGACUACCUUCAGAAACUUGGAAAUCUCCAACAUGGCAAUUGAUACAUUAAAAGCCAUUGUCCAGGCAACGCCCGUCUCGCCAUACUCUCAACUUCUGCAACUGCCUAACGUGAAUGCUAAAAGUUUACUUGAGGGAUCGGUGGAUGACAUUCGCACUUUGGGGAAACUGUUUACCUACGAUGACGCCAAGAUCGGCAAGAUUUUGGGUAUAGAUGAUAACACAAAGCUACAGGAAACCUUAACUAUUGCAUCUGCCAUUCCUCAUUUGAAACUAAUCAGAGCCGAGUUUAAAGUGCCCGGUGAGAGUGUUGUCACUCCUCAAUCGACCCCUCACAUUUCUCUUAAGGUCCUAGUUCGCUCUGCAAAGCACAAAUUCUUCGGUCCAAACCUGAUUCCUGAUGAGAUGUGUCAGGAUGAGCAAGAUUUCGACUCUUUGAGAGAUCCCUUUGCAAGUAUUUUGGAGCAGCCUAGACUGCCGCAAACUUUUGCACCACACUUUCCGGGCAAACGCAGUGGCUGUUGGUGCGCACUGGUGGUUUUACAAAAGGACGGCAAAGUUAUUCAGACUCCUAUGUUAAUUGACAGAUUGUCCUUCGCAAACUUGAACAAGGACUUCGACAAGAGAACCGUUAAGGACCUAGAGAAAGACUUCAAGCCCGAAGACUGGGUUAUUGGAACCAUCAAGAUCCCAUUCAGCCAGCCUGCUCCUGCAGAAAAGGGCGAUUUCUUUUUCAGAGUGAUUGUCAAGAGCACCGAAUACUUCGGUCCUGAUUUGGACUUCACUUUGGCAAUGGCUGUUCGCGAACCAUCUGAAGUUGAAGAAAUGGAAAAAGAAGGUGCAGCGUAUGGUUCUGAUUCGGAAGAUGACGAUAGCGACCUGGAAGAGGACGACGAGAGUAAUGACGAGCUGGAUGAAGAAGAGAGCGAUUACACCGAUAUCGAUACCGACACCGAUGACGAAGAAACUGCAGACGACAAGGCUGAAAAGUCAAAGUAA